AAUCAGAAACAAUCCCCUCAGCUGCUGAAGGCCUCACUGUCCGUUCUGUCCACUGCUGAACUUCCCACAGCUGAGGACGAGUCUGUCUGCUCAGAGGCACUGCGGCAGCAGACGAGGCAGACGUCACUUUUCACUGCGUCUGCUUUCCGAGAGACAACCCUCCAGUGAAGAUGAGACCAUGGUCCCGGUACUAACCUCCAAAAAAGCCAGCGAACUCCCUGUCAACGAAGUCGCGUGUGUCCUGCAGGCCGACCUGCAGUCGGGUCUGACCCAGGAGGAGGUGAACCGCAGGAGGGUGUACCAUGGCUGGAACGAGUUCGACAUCGGUGAAGAGGAGCCACUAUGGAAGAAAUACAUCUUACAGUUCAAAGAUCCUCUCAUUCUGCUGCUGCUGGCGUCGGCCGUCAUCAGCGUUCUCAUGCACCAGUUUGACGACGCUAUCAGCAUCACUGUGGCCAUCAUCAUAGUCGUGACAGUUGCCUUUGUCCAGGAGUAUCGCUCUGAGAAAUCUCUGGAAGAGCUCGGGAAGCUGGUUCCUCCAGAAUGUCACUGUAUCAGGGAUGGGAACCUGGAGCACCUACUGGCCAGGGAGCUGGUUCCUGGAGACACUGUGUGUCUGUCGGUGGGAGAGAGGGUCCCAGCAGACCUCCGCCUCUUUGAGGCGUCCGACCUGUCUGUGGACGAGUCCAGUCUGACGGGCGAGACCAGCCCCUGCUCCAAGUCUACCUCCCACCAGCUGGCAGCCACCAAUGGAGACAUCGCCUCCCGCAGCAACGUCGCCUUCAUGGGGACGCUGGUGCGAUGUGGCAAAGCCAAGGGCAUCGUCAUAGGAACCGGAGAGAGCUCCGAGUUUGGGGAAGUUUUCAAGAUGAUGCAAGCAGAAGAGGCUCCUAAAACUCCGCUGCAGAAGAGCAUGGACCUGCUGGGGAAGCAGCUCUCUCUUUAUUCCUUUGGCAUCAUAGGGGUCAUCAUGCUGGUGGGGUGGCUGCAGGGGAAGAGGAUCCUCGACAUGUUCACCAUCGGUGUCAGUCUGGCGGUAGCUGCCAUCCCAGAGGGUCUGCCCAUCGUGGUGACGGUGACGCUGGCGCUCGGUGUGAUGCGCAUGGUGAAGAAAAGGGCCAUAAUCAAGAAGCUCCCCAUCGUAGAAACUCUGGGCUGCUGCAACGUGAUCUGCUCAGACAAGACGGGAACUCUGACCAAGAACGAGAUGACCGUCACUCAGCUGUACACGUCAGACGGGCUCCACGCCGAGGUGACGGGCGUCGGCUACAACAGAGAAGGAGAAGUGAUUCUGGACGGAGAAAUCAUCCACGGCUUCUCCUGCCCGGCCAUAAGUAAGAUCGUGGAGGUCGGCUGUGUGUGCAACGACUCCGUGAUCAGGAAUCACACUCUGCUGGGACGGCCGACCGAGGGAGCGCUCAUCGCCCUCGCCAUGAAGAUGGGGCUGGAGAGCUUGCAGAAGGAGUACGUCCGUCUGGAGGAGCAUCCCUUCACCUCGGAGCAGAAGUGGAUGGCGGUCCGCUGUGUUCGCCACAGCCAGCAGGCCGCGCCUGGAGUUUACUUCCUGAAGGGGGCGUACGAGCAGGUGAUUCGAUUCUGCAGCUCCUACAGCAGCAGAGGAGCCGCCCUUCCCCUCAGCCACCAGCAGAGGGAGCUGUACCAGCAGCAGAUCAGCUACAUGGGCUCGGCCAGCCUGCGAGUGCUGGCGUUCGCGUCCGGUUCAGAGAUGGGGAACCUGACCUUCCUGGGUCUGGUGGGCAUCAUCGACCCUCCGAGGUCGGGGGUCAAAGAGGCCGUGGCCGCGCUCAUCAGCUCCGGUGUCGCCAUCAAGAUGAUCACUGGAGACUCACAGGAGACGGCCGUGUCCAUAGCGAGUCGUCUCGGUCUCUUCUCUAAAGGUUCUCAGUGUCUGUCUGGAGAAGAAGUCGAUCAUCUGGACCUGCAGCAGCUUUCACACAUCGUCCCCAGAAUCGCUGUGUUUUAUCGAGCCAGUCCGAGACACAAGCUGAAGAUCGUCAAGUCGCUCCAGAACAUCGGCGCGGUGGUCGCCAUGACAGGUGAUGGCGUGAACGACGCCGUCGCUCUGAAGGCUGCCGACAUCGGCAUCGCGAUGGGCCAGACGGGAACGGACGUGUGCAAGGAGGCGGCUGAUAUGAUCCUGGUGGACGACGACUUCCAGACAAUCAUGUCGGCCAUCGAGGAAGGAAAAGGAAUUUAUAACAACAUCAAAAACUUUGUCCGUUUUCAGCUGAGCACGAGCAUUGCUGCGCUGACGCUCAUCUCUCUGGCGACGCUGAUGAACUUCCCCAACCCGCUGAACGCGAUGCAGAUCCUGUGGAUCAACAUCAUCAUGGACGGACCUCCUGCUCAGAGUUUGGGGGUGGAGCCUGUCGACCGGGACGUGAUCAGAAAACCUCCUCGUAACGUUAGAGACAGCAUCAUCACCCGAAGUCUGAUCAUCAAAGUCCUGGUGUCUGCGUUCGUCAUCGUCUGUGGGACUCUGUUCGUCUUCUGGAGAGAGUUGCAGGACAACGUGAUCACUCCUCGAGACACAACCAUGACCUUCACCUGCUUCGUCUUCUUCGACAUGUUCAACGCUCUGAGCUCGCGCUCACAGACUCGUAUGGUCCAUGAGAUGGGUCUGUGCAGUAACAGGACGUUCUGUUACGCCGUGCUGGCGUCCAUCAUGGGGCAGCUGCUCGUCAUCUACUUCCCUCCGCUGCAGAACGUCUUCCAGACCGAGAGCCUCAGCUUCUUUGACCUGCUGUUCCUGGUGAGUCUGACCUCGUCGGUGUGCGUCGUGUCGGAGGCCAUUAAGAAGGUGGAGAGGUGGAGGGGCGUUCAGAGGAGCCCCCACACUGACUGUUUCCACGAGGUAUGACACCCCCCCCCCCUCUCAGGAAGAAUGACUCUGAUGUUUGGAGGACGAAGAGGAGGCGGGUUUUAGGAUCUCACUGACUCAUUCAGACUGCAAGGACCCUGGGACUCCGGUCUGUGACUGGAGGAGACGGAGCGAGGCGAGAUGGCUGCCCUGUCCUGACUCUGUGCUCAGCCUCGCUGUAGAUCCCUGUUGAGGUCCAACGCCACGGACCACAUCCUCCCACAUCCUCCCAGCGUGAACCGGCUCGUGAUUUAGGACGUACGUUAGAAAACCCUCUGAUGAAUCAAAUACUAAAGACGUGUGCAACUGUUUGUGUUCUGUCCUUUUUAAAUUGGUCAUGUAGAAGGAGGCGUCGCCCCCGUCAGCCACCUGGUCUGAACUGGGCUGAGUUCACAGCGUGGUGGAGGUGUGAUGGUGCAGAACCAGUUUGAUGCUCGCGCUUCAUGAUCGGAUGUUUUGUUCCCUUUGAAGUGAAAGUUCUGCUCUAAAGAGGAAACAGUGAAAUGUCCCAGCUUGAACGUUUCUCACCUGAGAUUUGAAAACUUAAGAAAGAAAAUCCUCAAAACCUGAUUUUAAUUUGUUUUUCUUUAUAAAAUUCAAUAUAUAAUUACAUCUAAUUUGUGAUUAAUGAACCUUUUUCUCAUUUUAACACAUGAAAUAUUGAUGUUUGCUUUAUAUCAAUAUUCAGAUUCUGUCGUGACUUUAACUGGCAGAACAAACGUGUUCAAGUCGUUUCGGGGGAAUGAAAGUAGCGUGACACCUCCACCACCUGCUUUUUUCUGCGAGUCAUAGAAAUGAUUUUUUUCCUGCUUCUUCUUCCACUGGUUUAUUUAAAUUUAAAACUCUGCUGCUGUUUGAAGGUGGAAGGAGAAAAAUACAUUUUCUAACCUGCUGAGUUUUACGUUAACGUGAUGUCGAGGCGAAGCCGCCGCUUCAGGUGCAAACGCCAACUUCAGUCCCGACGCGCUCUCAUCUUGUGCCUUAGAGAAGUCGUUCAUCGUCUGUCUCCGUGGAAACGGACGCCCUUUACUCACGGAUGGUGUCUCUGUUCAAUCGUGAUUCAUUUUAAGAUUCUCCCGAAGGUUUAAGCCACAAUAAUUUUACUUUCCAUUUUUAUUUCUGGUCAAAUUUUGAUUUUUUUGUUUGAUCAGAAUUUUCUUCCACCUUCGAGGAGUCGCAGUGCUUUCUGGGAAAUGUAGUUUACUUUGCUGUCUCUCUUGAAAGUUUGAUUUUAAAAUACUUGUAUUUAAUUUAUUUCCAAAAGGCACAUGUGGGCUGUAAAAUCACUCUGCUGCUGUUUCCAGCAUCAAAUCCUCUUUUUUGUCGUAUUGUUCACGACUCAGUUUCCUCAUGAAAUUAAAGACGAUUUAUCUGAAAUAACAGCAGAGUCUAUUUUUCUUUCUUCCAAGUUUUCAUUUCUCAUGUCAGUAAAUUAAUGAGAUUUUAUUUCAGCAGAGAUAUUAAAGAGUUUUUUACAA